AUGAAACACCACACUUCAAUCUUAAAGGGCAAAUACCCUGCCAAAGCCCACUGCGCCAAAGUUGCGGCAUACCUCAAAGAGACGGUCAAAGAUGACAGCCCAGCGAGGAUAUAUAUUCAGGGGCAAAAGACUCGCAUGAUAGAAGACAACGACGAGCCCCAACCUUUCAGACAGCGUCGUCAUUUCUUUUAUCUCUCUGGCUGCAAUCUGCCUGACUGCCAUCUCGUCUACGACAUCCCCACCUCCACUCUCACCCUCUUCAUCCCCCCACUUGAUCCCUCCUCCGUCAUUUGGUCUGGCUUGCCCUUGUCCCCAGACCAAGCUCUACACAAAUAUGACGUCGAUCAAGUUCGCCCUUCAUCCGAACUCUACGACCACCUCGCACCCACUCGAAAACCCGGAUCAUCCGCACCCCUAACAUUCGCAACCAAAUCUCACCUCCCAUGUGACCAAUACGAGCAGUCAUAUUUCAUGCCCUACAACCUUGACGCCUUACACACUGCCGUUGACGAGUGCCGAGUUACGAAAGAUGUAUAUGAAGUUGCAAUGUUACAGAAAGCCAACGAGGUCACCACCGCGGCUCACAUCGCCGUGCUCAAGAACCUGAAGCAUAAACGUAACGAACAAGAGCUGGAAGCCGUCUUCACAGAGCGACGGAUAGCGCUUGGAUGCACAGAACAAGCUUACCACGGCAUAUUCGGGUCAGGACAUAACGCCGCUACAUUGCAUUACGUCGCCAACAAUCAGCAUUUACAGGGAAGAUGGAAUCUGUUGGUUGAUGCAGCUGCGGAGUAUGAUUGCUAUUGUGCCGAUGUCACGAGGACGAUGCCGUUGAACGGGACGUUUAACGAAGAGAGUGAGGGAAUUUAUCGAAUCGUGCAAAAGAUGCAGGAGGAGUGUUUGGGAAUGUUGAAGGCAGCGGUGACGUGGGAGGAUGUGCAUGUCAAGGCGCAUGAGGUGGCGAUCGAGGGACUGUUGGAUCUGGGGCUUUUGAAGGGGGACAAGAAAGAUAUCUUUGACUCCAGGACAAGCGUCGCUUUCUUCCCGCACGGACUUGGUCAUUAUUUGGGUAUGGAUACCCACGAUACGGGAGGUCAUCCAGACUACGAGGACAAAGACAAGAUGUUCCAGUACUUGAGGGUGAGGGGGACGUUGCCCGAGGGAAGCGUCAUUACGGUGGAGCCAGGAGUGUACUUCUGUCGCUUCAUCAUCGAGCCAUUUCUUAAAGACGAGAAGCACAAAGAAUUCAUUGAUGAGAAGGUGCUGGAAAGGUACUGGGAUGUAGGUGGUGUAAGAAUCGAAGAUGACAUAUUGAUAACGAAGGAUGGUUACGAGAAUCUAACGACAGCACCGAAAGACAUUGACGAGAUGAAGAAGAUCAUCAACAGCUAG